AUGAUGAUGCUUGCGGGCAUGGGCCUGCUCAACACGAUGCCCAUGCUUGCCACCCUCACGGUCGAGAAGGGUCUCCUCGUCGCUCUCGGAGAGGUCCUCCAGGUCUUCCUGAGCGGCGGGCCCAUGUACUUCAUGUUCCACAUCCAGACGCGGGCGCACUACUUCUACCAGACACUGCUGGCGGGAGGGGCGCAGUACCGGGCCACGGGGAGGGGCUUCGUGACCCACCACUCGUGCUUCGACGACCUCUACCGGUUCUUCGCCAACUCGCACUUCUACCUCGGAUUCGAGGGUAGUGUCACGGGGAGAACAAAUACCAAGGCGCCCUCUUAG